CUGGCGGCCAAUCCUUGCACUGUUGCUGAUGUAAACAUAGCGUAGCUGUUCUUUAAAUGUUCACAUGCUCCACACCCGUGAAUGAGUUGAGCCGAGAACAUGGCGGCACGAAAACUGUGAAAACUGUUUCUAAAACGGAACAUCAAACGUAGCCAAUGAAGGAAUCUCUUUUGGGUUCAGGAACAAGGUGAAGCUUUGGGGGAUGUCUCCGUUCUAUCCUUGGAAAACGGGAAUCAUCAAGACACAGGGCGGCUUACUGGGUUAAUAACAAAGUAAACCAGGACUGUACUCUGAAGAAAAGGGCAGGGAAAACAAAGCUGACAUGAACGGGGACUUCUUAUGCAAUGGACAUUCCACACUUCCAAAUUACUUAAUCCACCGCAACAGUAAAACAUUACAUGAAGAAGCAGUCAUCACAGAAUGCAGGUCGCAGGCACAAGCAGAGAGUAUGGGUAGACGGCAUGCCAUCGUGAGUCCGGAGUCGGACGAUAUGAACGAUGAGGAGGCGGAGGCGUGGCCGUGUGAUGGCGAGGACGAGGAGGAAGGGGUGUGGCCAUGCGAGGGAGACCGCCUCCCCCUGCAGCCCUACUGCAGCCCCUCUGUGGAGGUCGCCGCCCAGUUUGCCUCCCGACCCUUUAACCACGCCCACGCCCACCCCCACGCCAGGGAGCCGCGUCGCAAGAUGAAGACCAAGAGAGUCUCGCAGAGGAGUGAAAAGAGAAAUUCCACAAACCAUAAGGUCACAGACUACUUCCCUGUAAGACGAAGCUCGAGGAAGAGCAAGGCUGAGUUGGAGUGUGAAGAGAAGAAACACAUCGACGAGCUGAUCUUGAAGGGGAUUGAGAACGGCAUGACGGUGGAGCACAUCGAGGGGAAGGGCCGGGCGGUGUUUGCCACCCAGCGCUUCCAGAAGGGCCAGUACGUGGUGGAGUACCAUGGAGACUUGUUGCAGAUCACCGACGCCAAGAAAAGGGAAGCCGCCUACGCACAGGACCCCGCCACCGGGUGCUACAUGUACUACUUCCAGUACCUGGACAAGACCUACUGUGUGGAUGCCACCAGUGAGUCAGGCCGCAUGGGUCGGCUUAUCAACCACAGCAGGACCGGCAACUGUCACACCAAACUCCACGACAUCAACGGAAUACCUCACCUCAUCCUGGUGGCGUCGCGGGACAUCGACAAGGGCGAGGAGCUCCUGUACGACUACGGAGACCGCCGCAAGUCCUCCAUCGCCGCUCACCCCUGGCUCAAACAGUGAGGGGCCCCACAGCCCUGGCUAGCCUGGCUAGGGCCCCCCCAUCACCCAUGGCUACAACACUGAGCCCCCCCCAUCACCCCUGGCUAGGGCCCCCAUCAACCAUGCCUACAGUACUGAGGGCCAGGAAGGGAAGCAAACCCAUGCCCUUGCCCACUCCCAUGCCCACGUCUGGUUUCUAUGAGCGUUUUUAAUGUUAUUAUUAUUAUUAUUAUUAUUAUUGCCUUAGGGAACAGAAUGUGUUGAGGACGCUGUGUUUGUGGCUAGCAGCAGCUCACUCUUUAGUUCAAGGUACAUAUUCUAAAUGUCCGACAUUAUUACUUUUAAAAUAUUUAUCUUGCUCCCGAUAAAUGCUAGGUUGUUUUUUUUGUUUUUGUUUUUUUGUGGACACAUUUCGUUUUGUAUAUUUUAUAUAUGAGUAGAUAAGUGCUUCCAGGGCAUGCAGUGUUAGUCUAAUAUAUUCUGCAUUUUUAUAAAUAUUUUCUUAAUCAAGUCUGUAUUACAUGUUUAGCAAUAACAAUGUCUGGUGUACAAACAUCAGUGUGACAGACGCGGAGAAAAGAUGCAACCAAACCCCUUUUAACUGCUUCACACACCAACUGGAAUGUCUUACCCACCUGUAGCACACAUGACUGCAGACCGUACCGUAUGUGGGACUAGCUUUGCUCCGUGUGGCGUGUGUGUCACCAACCUGAGUAAACCUUUGGCUCUUAAUAACAACGCUGAUCUGUCCCCGGACCCUGCACUGCCUGACAGUGUGUCAAGGAAUCUUUAUGCUGGUGCGGAGGGACGAGUCAUUAAAAAAAUGUUUUUAUGUAAACUUA